AUGUCGGAAUACGCAGAAUACAGUGAUGAAGAAUCUUUCUCAUAUGACUAUGGCGCAUUGGAAGAGAAAGCUGCCAAGUUGGACACACCACCACCAUUGACAGUGGCAUUUGGAGUUGUGUUUAUGAUAAUGAUUAUUGUCGGGAACAUAUGGGUGAUAAUAGCCGUGUUUCGUCAACCCAAAUUGAGGAACUCCGCAACAAAUCUGUUUAUUGUCUCAUUAUCGGUAUCCGAUCUAAUGAUAGCGGUCUUCUUCAUUCCUUACCACGUUGGACAUUUUGCGUACCGUCUCCCGAUAUCCAACAGGGCGGUGUGCAAGCUAUUGGGAUAUCUACACUGGGCGGCACAGUGUGGGACUACGUUUUCACUUAUCUGUAUCGGAGUGGACCGCUAUAGAGCUAUUGUGCAGCCUAUGAGGCCUCGGUUCACCGUGCAACAUGCCUUGAUUGGAUGCACUAUAGUUUCGAAAGAUGAACAGACCACACUCUUAACUAUCACUGAAAGUCCAGAGAUACCUCCAGAUUUUGUAGCUGUUGGAAGGGAACCGAAAUCAGGAAAUGGCGUAGAUUGUUGUGAACAUCCAAUAAGCAUCUGGAAUAUGGUGCCCGGGUGUCAGCGUGUCCAACAUUCACUGCUAAAUGCCAGAGAGGAAACCAUCCUGUGUUACUGA